AUGUCGUCAGAUUCCAGCCCGAGAGGAGCCGCCCCCGCCUACGACGACGCUGAGAAGGGCGUCUCCGACUCCGUCGUCGUCUACCCCGUCGACAAAAAGCCCGCUGCUUUCCCUGUUGACGAGAAGAACACCGUCUUCCUCGACGAGAAGAAAGAUGUUGCCCCCUUCCAGCCGCCCCAAGUGAAGCGGGAUCCCUACGCCCUGGUCAAGGGCGCUCCGAAGAGGGAGGCGACCAAGUUGACCGUCUUCUUGCUUUGGUACAACAUGUACCGUAAACUAUUCACGAUUGCCUUCACCGCCAACAUCAUCAUGUUCGGCUUCGCCGUGUCUGGCCACUGGCCCUACGCCACUAUGUAUGCUGGCGCGUUCGCCGUCGCGAACUUCAACACGGCGUUGCUCGUGAGGAACGAGAUUUUCGGCCGUUUCCUGUAUCUGUUUUGCAACACCUUCUUCGCCAAGUGGGCUCCUCUGUGGUUCCGUUUGACCUGCACCAAUGUGCUCCAGCACCUUGGCGGUAUCCACACUGGCUGCGCCGUCUCUGGUAUCAUCUGGAUCACGUACAAGGUGGUGAACACCUACCGCAACCUGGUCAACGAGAACAACGCCAUCCUCGUGGUUGGGCUGCUCACGAAUGUGACGCUUAUCGUCACCGCCGUGGCGGCGUUCCCCUGGGUGCGCAACAACCACCACAACGUCUUCGAGCGCAACCACCGUUUUGCGGGAUGGACGGCGCUGUUCUUGACCUGGGCGUUCACUAUCAUGGGCGACCUCUACCACCCCAACAACAAGUCUUGGGUACCGGAUGGCCGCCACCUCGUCCGUCAGCAAGACUUCUGGUAUGUCAUGCUCAUGACCACCUGGAUUGUUCUUCCUUGGAUCUGCACCCGCGAGGUUCCCGUCGACAUUGAGUUGCCGUCGCCCAAGGUCGCUGUCGUGCGCUUCCGCCGUGGGAUGCAGCAGGGCCUGUUGGGCCGCAUCAGUCGCUCCGCCGUGAAGGAGUACCACGCAUUCGGCAUCAUUUCGGAGGGCCCCCACGCCAAGUACCACUACAUGAUUUGCGGUGUGCAAGGCGAUUUCACACGCAGUCUCGUCAACGACCCGCCCAAGACCUUGUGGACGCGCGAGCUUAAGUUCGCGGGCAUUUCAAACACCUCCACUCUGUACAAGCGCGGAAUCCGUAUCUGCACCGGCACCGGCAUUGGCGCGGCUCUCUCGACAUGCAUCCAAUCGCCGAACUGGUUCUUGAUCUGGAUCGGCUCCGACCAAGAGAAGACGUUCGGUCCGACCAUCAGCGGGCUCAUCCACCGGCACGUCGAGCCCGAGCGGUUGCUGCUCUGGGACUCCAAGGCACGCGGCGGACGCCCCGACACGAUGAAGAUCCUGAAGGACGUGUACAAGUCGUGGAACGCGGAAGUCGUCUUCAUCACAUCUAACUACAUCGGUAACACGGAGAUGAUGCAGGGAUGCAAGGAAGAAGGGAUCCCGUGUUUCGGCACGCUCUGGGAUUUCCGCUAA